AUGCCUAGAGGCGAUAGACUUGAUGUUCACAAGACUGAUGGAAAUGAAGCAGAUGGGGAAGAAUCUCGAGGCCUCUUGUCCCUGGACGAGGAGGAUGAACACCUAACCCAAACCACAUCUUUGCAAUUACCCUCGUCGUCUAGCUCCAAACAGCAAACCUCUAUAUAUGUGCCACCUUCGAACGGCCAACCUCGAACGCCCAGAACUCCCAACCGGGUGCGAUUCGAUUUGGGCGAUGACACUGAAGGAGAAGAACAAGAGGAACAAAAUCAACCUAUGGGCCAUCCUUCCUCAUGGCUUGAGGAGGACGAUUAUCUGAAUGCUAAUGGAUCCCGCCGGGGCCGUAGCAGCACCGGCCAGCUUGCCCCUCUACUUACCAAUAUUGAAGCGCCAACUGUUACUUUGGCUACGUCGGAGGAUUUUUUUCCCGAGGAUCAUCUGGAAGGCGCGGGAAUUAUCGGACAACCUUACGCGUUUCGGCAAGCGGGAUUGUUGGUUGGGAUAAUACUUCUUUGUGGACUUACUGUCGUCGUCGACUGGACUAUUCGCUUGAUUGUCAUCAAUUCGAAACUGAGCGGCGCAGACUCAUUUCAAACAACCGUGGAAUUCUGCUUUGGAAAACCUGGUUUAAUAGCCAUUUCCAUUGCACAAUGGGCAUUUGCAUUUGGAGGCAUGGUUGCAUUUUGUAUCAUUGUCGGGGAUACAAUCCCUCAUGUCUUCGCGUCAAUUUUCCCAUCAUUGAAGGAUACACCUUUUCUAUGGCUCCUGACAGAUAGGCGAGCCGUCAUCGCGCUUUUUAUAUUGGGGAUCUCCUACCCUUUAUCCCUUUACCGGGACAUUGCAAAGCUGGCGAAAGCAUCGACCCUUGCACUGGUUUCCAUGGUUGUGAUUGUGAUCACCGUGAUUAUUGAAGGAAUCCGAGCACCGAAUGAUUUGAGGGGCGACCAAUUACCCAUGAUCUUUUCGCAGAGCAAUGGCUUCUUCCAGGCAGUCGGUGUCAUAUCUUUUGGUAAAUUUUGGUGUAAUCGUGAUUCUAGUGACUACAUGCUAAUGUGUUCUUUCAGCCUUUGUUUGUCGUACGACAACAUCACUCUCACUCCUCUUGAUCACAACAGCCUUCUUAUAUACGGCUCUCUAAAGAAGCCGACUAUGGAUCGCUUUGCUCUCGUCACACAUUACUCGACGGGUAUAUCGAUGGUCAUGUGUUUGAUAAUGGCAAUCGCAGGCUUUCUUGCCUUUGGUGAGAAGACAAAAGGCAAUGUAUUGAACAACUUCCCAUCUGGUAAUGUCAUGGUGAACAUUGCAAGACUGAGAAUUCCAGUUGCUUCGGAUUGA